AUGUCUCAACAAUCACCGAAUUCUACUCUCAAUCCAUCCAUUGUCCCUCUCUCUGUUGGUUUCCCGAGCAAUGACGCCGGUGCCGGUCCCGAAAUUUCGUACAAACCGCUAAACAAGGGCGACAUCAGACUCCUCAUGCUCCACCCAGGUCAGGAAGACUCCCAACUACGAGCUGUUGUUUACCGCUGCCCACUUCUUGUCGCAAACAGCUUUCAAGCAAUUUCGUAUACAUGGGGCAGCAGUGAAUUGUCGCAUUCACUAUGGACUCCUGAGGGUACCAUCAAACUGAGCGCCUCUCUUCACGCUACGCUGCGCUGCCUUAGGCACGAGAAGCAGCCAGUACUUCUCUGGGCUGAUGGCGUUUGUAUCAACCAGAGCAAUGAAACUGAGAAGUCUGAGCAGAUUCGGCUACUACCACAAGUCUUUCAACGUGCGACAUGCGUCUUGGUAUGUCUUGGAAGCGAUAGCAAAGGCGAUAGCGCCAUGGAAGCGCUGAUGCAGAUUCGCGUCCAUGACACUCUAGCCACGCUAGGCGAGGAAUGGCCCAAGGAUCUUGCAAAGAUACCUAAGGCCUGGGGGAAGGCAAGCAUACCACCACCGGAUGAUCCAAUCUGGAUCGACAUCGGUGUCCUUUUCGAGAGACCUUGGUUCGAGAGAGCAUGGAUCAUCCAGGAACUACUUGUCGCUACCAGUGUUAGGGUUAUCUGCGGGAAGUGGAUGAUAGACUGGAACGACCUCCUUGCCGUGAUCAAAAUCAUCACACGCGAGUCCCGGGCCUCCCUUAAACAGGCCCUUGGCAAGGCUCAAGGCAAAUUCAUCCGGUUCUCAACUCUGGCGAUGCUUCGCGAGCGCGAAGCCAAGCACGAGCGCCGUCCGCUACUUGAUCUUCUCGAGGAGUUCCGAGACUCCAAGUCGUCCAUCGACCACGACCGCUUCUUUUGUCUUCUCGGUUUGGCAAUAGACGGCAACAACAAGGACUUUGUUGUUGACUACCGUCUCAGCUUUGAUGUCAUCGUCCGUAAAUACGCUUGGGCCUUUAUCGAGCAAGGGAAAGUCUUGGAGCUUCUCCACCGAGCGGGAAUUGAUUCACGCAAGACGGACUAUUUCCCAUCCUGGAUUCCGGAUUGGACGCUUACAAAACCGAGCAGUCUGCGCACACUGGAGGCAUGGGGCAUGCCUUGUGCGUCGUCGAGACGUUCCAAACCUCGCCUUGAUGCAAGAUCGAUGAGCGAUUUGGAACUACGGCUGUACGGCAUCAGGGUCGACGAAAUAGAGAUAAUCAGCAAGACUUCAAAUGUCGUGGAUGAGCUGGGUUUGUACAUGGAUGAGAUCGACAGGAUGAUUGACUCUUCAUCUUCCCAUCUCGAGGGAGACCUCAAAUGGGAAGUUCCCAUCGCCGGGGCAUGGCGCUGCAGACAUGAUGGCCACUCUAUGAAGGAGUCGUACUCGGCAUUGCGAAAGCACCUGAUCAUGGACAGAGGCGAUACCGAGGCAGGCAACGCAGGAACCAAGACACAAGAAUUGUCUGGCAAUGGCCCGCGCCACGUCGACGAUCCCAGGGGAUCUCUUUGGGAGAAGAGUCAAGACUACUAUCUCGCCCUCCAAGGGAACUUGACUGGUUGGAAGUUUGUGGUCACCAAACGACACGACGUCGGCAUUGCUCCGCCUACAGCCCGAAAAGCGGAUAUCGUGUUUGUCAUCGACGGCGGCGUGGUGCCAUUUCUGCUUAGGAAAGAGGAAGCCUUUGGGGGCUCCUUUUCCCUUGUGGGAGAGUGCUACAUUCACGGCUUGAUGCAUGGUGAAGCAGAAACGCUCCGUGCAACAUCAGAGCAAGUAAUUUCUCUGCGAUGA